AAAGAAGCCAUGGCCAUGAUGAAACAAAUCGUCCACUGGGUGAGAGUGGACAACUCUGGCCUCGGCAUACCACUGGUCCCUCCAAAAGCCACGUCAUCACUGGGCGUUCCCAUGAUGCUCCUCUGCCUGAUCGACCAGAUGGAGACGAUGGACCCCGCCCAUGGCGCCAACUUCAACGACCUGGCAGACUGGUGCAUCGCGCGUGUGCUCAAGCACGUGCAGAGAAACGGGACUGUGGUGUUAGAAACUGUGAGCGAGGACGGGGAGGAGGUUGGUGGGAGCGCUGGACGACUCAUGAACCCAGGCCACGUCAUAGAGGCUGGCUGGUUCUUGCUGGAAAGAGCUGGAAAGAGCGGGAAUGAGGAGCUGCAGAAGACGGCAUUGGAGACUUUUAUGCUGGAGGCCUUCCAUAGAGGCUGGGACACUGAGCAUGGGGGUAUCUUGUACUUUGUCGAUGUCGAUGGAAGACCGCCGGCACAGCUGGAGUGGGAUAUGAAGCUGUGGUGGCCUCACAACGAAGCAAUGAUCGCAUUCCUUAAGGCUUACAAACACACAUCGGACGAGAAAUACUUGGAAAAGUUUGCCCAGGUCUUUGAUUACUCGUACCAACACUUCGCUGAUACCCAGAAAGGCGAGUGGUUCGGCUACCUGAGCAGAGAAGGGCAAGUCAAAAUCAACGCUAAAGGAGGUCCCUGGAAAGGCUGCUUUCACGUGCCGAGAUCUCUCAUGAUGUGUGAACAACUACUCCACGAAAUCCUGCAGACCCAGUGACGUCAUAGAUGUGUGUUAGCCAAAGAUGAAUGGUGUUAUCGUAGCGAAAUGUAAAUGUCACCAACAACCACCACCACUGACUGGAACUGGAAGGAUCAGAGACUUUUUCAGGGGAAAUUGAUUUUGUUUUCUGGGGACAUUUUUACUUGUAUUCAUAGUUGUUCUCGGGUCUUCCCCUUGUAAAUUACCCAUUUUUGUUGCUGUUUUUUUAAAGUCUGAAAAUGGCAAACUGUGGCUACGUUUUAUAAGAUGUGUUAACUAUUGCCAUGACAUUAUGUGAUAAUGCAUGUCUUUUUCUCGGCUUCUUAUUCAACGUAUGUUAAAAUGUUGAUAAAGGUGAAUCAUUAAUAUUAUUCAUGAAACAAAAUCGAUACACGGAUAACAUAUUAAUAUACAGUGGAAACCUGAUAUAACAGGGGUGGUGGGACCACAGAAAAAGUCCUGUUAUAU